CAUAUUGCGAAAAAAGGGUGACGUUGAAAAAUGCUUGGUAGAAAGCAGAGCAUCAAAGGUGAAUCGGUGCUGGCAGAUUACGGUCCGGAAGAAUCCCUUAACGAAAGCGCAGACAUUGAGUGGGUUAACAAGAUGUUGUGGUUAAAAGAUCGAAAAGUGUUUGUCUCCAGUAGUUUGAUUGAGAUGAAUUUCGUUUUCCUCCCAUUUCACCAUCCUUCACCAUCUGACAGUUUGACUAGUCUAGCGUUACGUUACUCUACAGAUCAAAACAAAAUCUGACCAUGCGCUGUAGAAGCUAUGGGUCCGCCGGCUCAUGCGCCUCUGUGCGCUGGUAUCGCUCACGUCGGUGUCCCUCAACACGCCCAAGACGUUCGAGCGAUACCCGAUGCUGCAGUACAUCACCCUGUGCAGCGACAUCGUGGUCACGCUGCUCUUCACCUCGGAGAUGAUCGCCAAAAUCCACAUCCGGGGCUUGAUCAAGGGUGAGGCGCCCUACCUGAAAGAUCACUGGUGCCAGUUUGACGCUUCCAUGGUGAGCUUCCUGUGGGUGUCCGUGGUGCUGCACAUCUUCGAGAUGCUCGCGAUAGUGCCAAAGUUCCACUACUUUACGAUUCUGCGAGCGCCACGGCCCCUCAUCAUGAUACGCUUCCUACGAGUCUUCCUCAAGUUCUCCAUGCCAAAGAGCCGCAUCAACCAGAUCUUCAAACGGUCCAGCCAGCAGAUCUACAACGUAACGCUGUUCUUCCUGUUUUUCAUGUCACUGUAUGGACUGCUCGGAGUGCAGUUCUUCGGUGAACUGAAGAAUCAUUGCGUACUGAACACGACGGAUCCAGAAGGACUAACCAUCAACUCGCUAGCCAUCCCGGAUACCUUCUGUUCAAUGGAUCCCGACUCCGGUUACCAGUGUCCGACCGGUAUGAAGUGUAUGAAGAUGCACUUUCUCACCAACUACGUGCAAGGAUUCACGGGAUUCGAGGAUAUCGCAACGAGUAUCUUCACCGUCUACCAGGCGGCGUCGCAGGAGGGUUGGGUGUUUAUCAUGUACCGAGCGAUCGAUAGUCUUCCAGCGUGGCGUGCUGCGUUCUACUUUAGCACGAUGAUCUUCUUCCUGGCGUGGCUGGUGAAGAACGUUUUCAUCGCUGUCAUUACGGAAACGUUCAACGAGAUCCGCGUCCAGUUUCAGCAGAUGUGGGGCGUACGGGGGCACAUUCAGAACAGUGCGGCGUCGCAGGUCAUUACCGGCGAUGACUCCGGUUGGAAGUUGAUAACAAUUGACGAGAACAAGCACGGAGGCCUCGCUAACGAGACGUGUCACUUGAUCCUGAAGUCACCGUACUUCAGGUUGCUCGUCAUGUCGACGAUCUUGGCCAACGGGAUUGUGACGGCCACUAUGCACUUUAAGCACGAUGGACGACCGCGGCAGGUGUUUUACGAGCGGUAUUACUACAUCGAGAUGGCAUUCACAGUGCUUCUGGAUCUGGAGACGCUGUUCAAAAUCUACUGCCUUGGGUGGAGAGGAUACUUUAAGCACUCGAUCCACAAGUUUGAACUACUGCUGGCUAUUGGCACAAGUCUUCACAUUAUACCGGGUUUGUACCUGUCCGGGUUCACAUACUUCCAAGUACUACGCGUCGUUCGACUGAUCAAGGCGUCACCAAUGUUGGAGGGGUUCGUGUACAAGAUCUUUGGCCCCGGCAAAAAGCUAGGAUCGCUGAUCAUCUUCACCAUGUGCUUGCUGAUCAUCAGUUCAAGCAUUUCGAUGCAGUUGUUUUGCUUCCUGUGUGAUUACACCAAGUUUGAGAGCUUCCCGGAUGCGUUCAUGUCUAUGUUCCAGAUUCUUACCCAGGAAGCGUGGGUCGAAGUGAUGGACGAGACGAUGAUCCGAACAAGCAAAACGUUGACUCCGCUGGUUGCCGUCUACUUCAUCUUGUACCAUCUGUUCGUCACCCUGAUUGUGUUGAGCUUGUUCGUGGCCGUCAUUCUGGACAACUUGGAACUGGACGAGGAUAUAAAGAAGCUGAAGCAGCUAAAGUUUCGCGAACAGAGUGCCGAAAUCAAGGAAACGCUACCAUUUCGACUGAGGAUCUUUGAGAAGUUUCCGGAUUCCCCACAGAUGACGAUCCUGCACAAGAUUCCAAACGAUUUCACGCUGCCAAAGGUGCGUGAAUCCUUCAUGAAGCAGUUCGUGAUCGAUAUGGAGCCGGAAGAUCCGUCGUAUUGCGAGGGCUACAAGCGUCCCAUGUCGGAAUGCUGGGAGUCCAAGGUCGUCUACCGGAAGCAGAAGCCCGUCAACGUGAUGAACAAAACGGCCAAAGUUCGCUGCGUCGGAAGCAGCCUGCGCAAACUGGCCAUCACGCACAUCAUCAACGACUCCAACAACCAACGGCUGAUGCUGGGAGAUUCCGCCAUGAUUCCCGUUGCCGGCGUCAAGUCCGGCAUCAAACAGCAGGGAACCAUCACGCAGACCAAACCGUGGCGCAUGGACCAGAAAAAGUUCGGCUCCCGGUCGAUCCGACGAAGCGUACGCAGCGGUUCGAUCAAACUGAAGCAAACCUACGAGCAUCUGAUGGAAAAUGGGGAUAUCGGAGCGGCAAGCCGAGUGACCUCGUCCCGGGCGAGACCACACGAUCUGGACAUAAAGAUUCUGCAGGCCAAGCGGCAGCAGGCGGAAAUGCGUCGGAACCAGCGUGAGGAGGACCUCCGUGAGAACCAUCCCUUCUUCGAUACGCCGCUGUUUGCGGUGCCUCGCGAGAGCAAGUUCCGGAAGAUUUGCCAGCGGAUAGUUCACGGGCGGUACGACGCCCGGUUGAAGGAUCCGCUGACCGGGAAGGAGCGGAAGGUGCAGUACAAGAGCAUGCACAACUUUCUCGGCCUCGUAACCUACCUGGACUGGGUGAUGAUCUUCGUGACGACGCUGUCGUGCAACUCGAUGAUCUUCGAAACGCCCCAGUAUCGCGUGAUGGAACACGUGACGCUGCAGAUCGCCGAGUACACGUUCGUCAUCUUUAUGAGUUUGGAGUUGGCGCUCAAGAUUCUUGCGGACGGGUUGUUCUUUACCCCAAAGGCGUACAUCAAGGACGUCGCAUCGGUGCUGGACGUGUUCAUCUACGUGGUUUCGCUGACGUUUCUGGUGUGGAUGCCGCGCCAGGUUCCGAGCAAUUCUUCCGCGCAGUUGUUGAUGAUUUUGCGUUGUUUACGACCGUUGCGAAUCUUUACGUUGGUGCCGCACAUGCGGAAGGUGGUUUACGAGCUGUGUCGGGGUUUCAAGGAGAUUCUGCUGGUAUCGACACUGUUGAUCCUGCUGAUGUUCGUAUUCGCGAGUUAUGGAGUUCAGCUGUACGGAGGUCGAUUGGCGCGUUGCAAUGAUCCGACGAUUUUGAAGCGGGAGGACUGCGUUGGAGUGUUCAUGAGACGAGUUUUUGUGACCAAAAUGAAGUUGACCCCGGGCGUGAACGAGUCUUACCCGGCCAUGUUGGUGCCUCGUGUUUGGGCCAACCCGCGGCGGUUCAACUUUGACAACAUUGGAGACGCGAUGCUGGCGCUGUUUGAGGUACUCUCGUACAAGGGUUGGAUCGACGUGAGAGAUGUGCUGAUCAAGGCGCUGGGUCCGGUUCAUGCGAUCUACAUCCACGUGUACAUCUUCUUGGGUUGCAUGAUCGGAUUGACGCUGUUCGUGGGCGUGGUCAUUGCAAACUACUCAGAGAACAAAGGCACCGCUCUGCUGACCGUAGAUCAACGUCGUUGGUGCGAUCUCAAGAAGCGACUAAAGAUCGCUCAACCGCUGCAUUUGCCUCCCCGACCAGAUGGUCGCAAGUUCCGAGCUUUCGUGUACGACAUCACGCAGCACAUCGCGUUCAAGCGUUGCAUUGCCGUGGUCGUGCUGGUCAACAGUAUGCUUUUGUCGAUAACGUGGCAAAAGGACGAGGUUCACACGGCGCGGCUGGUCAUCGUGAGCACCCUGCUCACGUUCGUCUUCGUCAUCGAGGUGGUCAUGAAGAACAUCGCCUUCACCCCGAGGGGCUACUGGCAGUCUCGGCGGAACCGGUACGACCUGCUCGUGACGGUCGCCGGUGUCGUGUGGAUUUUCUUGCAAACAACACUGAGAAGCGAUUUAUCAUUGUUCAUUGGUUUUAUGGUUGUCAUAUUGAGAUUUUUCACAAUAACUGGCAAGCAUACGACCUUGAAAAUGUUGAUGCUCACAGUCGGCGUCUCAGUGUGCAAGUCCUUUUUCAUCAUAUUCGGUAUGUUUCUGCUGGUGUUCUUCUACGCCCUGGCCGGAACGAUCCUCUUUGGGACGGUCAAGUACGGCGAGGGCAUCGGGCGCCGGGCAAACUUUGGCUCGCCCGUAACCGGUGUGGCCAUGCUGUUCCGGAUCGUCACCGGUGAGGAUUGGAACAAAAUCAUGCACGACUGCAUGGUGCAGCCACCGUACUGCACCCUGGCGGCCAACUACUGGGAAACGGACUGUGGUAACUUUACCGCCAGUUUGAUCUACUUUUGCACGUUCUACGUCAUUAUAACCUACAUCGUGUUGAAUCUACUAGUCGCUAUUAUCAUGGAGAACUUUUCGCUGUUUUACUCCAACGAGGAGGACGCCCUGCUCUCGUACGCGGACAUACGCAACUUCCAGAACACGUGGAACAUUGUGGACAUUCACCAGCGCGGGGUGAUUCCGGUGCGGCGCGUCAAGUUCAUACUGCGGCUGCUGAAGGGCCGGCUCGAGUGUGAUCCGCAGAAGGACCGGCUGCUGUUCAAGUACAUGUGCUACGAGCUGGACAAGCUGCACAACGGCGAGGACGUUACGUUUCACGACGUGAUCAACAUGCUGUCGUAUCGUUCGGUGGAUAUCCGAAAGGCACUGCAGCUGGAAGAACUGUUGGCUCGCGAGGAGUUCGAGUACAUCAUCGAGGAAGAGGUGGCCAAGCAGACAAUCCGCACGUGGCUCGAGGGAUGCCUAAAGAAAAUCCGCGCCAACAACGUUACGAGACAACAAAACUCCCUCAUCGCUGGUUUGCGAGCGGAAAAUAUCCAGCGGCAGCAGCAGCAACAGCAGGAAGCCGCCGAUGAACUGGCCCUGAACAAGGAGGUCAUUCUCGAGCCGGACACGGUUGAACUUCCGGUGAAGGAGGUCGAACACAACGCCAAGGGGAGGAAAAAGAGUCAAAACCUGAACCGGUCGGAUUCAACGGGAAGCAGCAGCGGUCGAAAGUUUCUCGCACCUACGCUUUCCGAUCCGCAGGCCAAAAAUGAAAAGGAUCGCUACAUCAGCAAGAAAAAGUCCCAACGGCAGUCCGGCACCAACAGCAAGAACAUCACCCAGAUCAACGAGCUGAACCAUGGCCACACGUUGCACCAGCACUAUCACCACAAUGCCCACGGUAGCGAAAUGCAGCAAACCAGCAACAAUAAAGUGGGUCAUCCGCACAUUAGCAUGGUCUACGAGGUGCACGACUGGUGGCAGGAACAGGUCACCUGUCCGCACAGCGAAGACGAAGAGUAGCGAGUUUGGUAGCGAUUGGUAUUGGAUGUUGCUUAGAAGAAGUUUUUUUUAAGUUUUAGACCAGUUAUACGAGGAGUAUUGUCUGUUGAGUAGGUUUGAUUUGUACUGAUGCACACAAUGUUAACGAAAAUGUAUUAGCAAGUAUUGUAGACUUUGUUGAGACAGCUCAACAAGCCACACAUAAUGUCCGGUUUUAUAGGUUUAUAUACAGAAAUAUGUUGAUUUAUUGCCAAUGCAGGAAAUUGGAACGAGGAUAGUGAUAUUUAGAAAUAAAAUAAACCCACCCAGAAUAA